AUGGCGGCUGAUAUAGCCGCGCGUUCGUCCCUUGCGCCGCACGACAUGCGACACGAGCUGUCCGCGCCACGCUCUUUCGAGUCGCCUCUCAAGAACCGAGGAUCUUACGCCGACCAAUCAGAACCAUCAUCCUACUCCACCCAUCCCCGCCACCCUUCCGACUUGUCUCGGAACCAGAUGCAGCAGCUGGCGUCCGCAACCGCCGCCGCAACACACGCCGCCUCCGCCGGCUCCAUCACUUCAGCGGGUGGCGGCGCGGCGGUGGCUAUACGCUGGAUUCGUGGACCUAAUCUAGGCGGCGACCCCACCGGAAAAGUAAAUCUCGCGUUAAAUUCUGACACGGGCGAGGUUCUGGUGGUCAAGUCCGUGUCUAUUAGUAGCCUUCCUAAGACCAUGCGUCAGCUGGAGAACGAGCAGGCGAUUCUGGAGGAGCUCCGAACCUGCCCGCGCGUCGUUCGGCUGCUAGGCUCGGCAUGGGAAUCCGACCCUGCGUCGGGGGCUCGGGUGAAGAAUCUGUUUCUCGAGUAUGUCUCUGCUGGGAGUGUGCUUGAUAUCAUGGGCACGUUCGGAUGCUGCGGCCGCGACAACGGCGGCGGAGGCGGGGGAUGCGGAGGGCUGCCGGAGGCGCUGGUGCGGAAAUACGCGCGUGGGAUUGCGGAAGGGUUGGCGGAGCUGCACGCGCGCGGGAUGGUGCACUGUGACGUGAAAGCGGCGAAUGUGCUUGUUGCGGGGGGGAAGGGGGAGACGAAGCUGUGCGGGCUGGGUGUGGCGAUGCGCGCGGGGGAAGCGGCGCAGCGCAUCGCGCGCAAGCAGCGGCUGCAGGGAACGUACGGCUGGAUGGCGCCGGAGGUCGUGCGACAGGAAGAUCAAGGGUUCGCAUCGGACGUUUGGUCGUUCGGGUGUACAGUGAUCGAAAUGGCGACGGGCUCGCCGCCUUGGACCGGUCAACUGCCACCGGCCGGUAUUAUAGACGGCGAGUACAUGGCCGAUCCGUCCCCUGACGCUCUGCUGCACGCGAUUGGUUACUCGAACGCGGCGCCGGCUAUUCCGGCGCAUCUGUCGGCGGAAGCUGUCGGGUUCUUGCGGAGAUGCCUCGAAAGGGAUCCCGCGCGCCGUCCCUCCGCCGCGCAACUGCUAGAACACCUUUUCCUCCGCGCAAGUGCGCUCUGCUCAGCGGGUGCCGCGCCCGCCGCGUACCCCAUGGCGCAGCAAAAUGCGCGCCCGCCCAGUGGGGGGCGCGGGAGCGGGACGCGGCGGAAUGAGGAGAGCGCGGGACUGAGAGCAGGCGCAGGAGAAAGCUGGGCGCGACAAGGCGCAGGGGGCCGCGCAACGGGCGCGGACGAUUUCUACAGUGAAGGGCGGGAGAGAGGGGAGUGCGAGUGGGAGGAGGAGGCGGCGGAGGCGGAGGAGGCAGAGGAGGAGAUGGAGGGGUAUGGAUGGGAGGAUAUAGGGGUGAGCUUCGGUCCCAGUGGUGCUGAAGGGAUUCCCGCGUCUGGGCAUCUGAACCCUUCCUCGGGCUCUGGUGGUCUUGAUCCAACGGUCAGACGCAGAGUUGGUGCAGGUUCAGGCGGAAUUUCAGGUGGGAACUCAGGUGGAAAUUCGCCUGGUAGGCUGGUGUCCCAGGGUAGCCUGCCACCGGGUGGUAACCAGUUACCACCACUUCGCAAGUCGCCACUGCAGAGGUCGCAGUCCCAGCCAGGGCAGGUGAUCCUGGCGAACGCAGGCGGCGUCAGUAACAGCAGUAACUGCAACAACUCGCAGCCUUCGCGACCCGCCUCUCAAAAGCCCAUGCCACAAGCACCACCCUCAUACGCACCUCCCCCCAUGCAAUCCGCCCCAGCCAAUCAGCCCAUGCCGCCCAUGCCAGCCGCAAACCUGCCGCCCGCCCCUGCUCCGCUGUUCCACCCAUCAGGCAUCCGCAUGGGCCCGCUGAUGAGGCAAAUCUCCAAGGAUCAACUUGCCUUGCGCGCAGCCAUGGCUGCUGCGGAGACCGGUGGUGGUCUUGGUGGUAACCAGGACAGGGGUGGUGGUAACCAGGAGAGGAGCGGUAACCAGGAAAGGGGCGGUAACAGCUAUGGCCAGGGGCAUGCGGCUUCUUCCUCAAUGCCUGUGCCCCCCUUGCCUGGGAGGGUGGGCGUGGGGCGGGCAUCACACCAGCGAGGCUCCUCUGGGAUGCUACCAGGCGCGUCCGCGGCUCAAAUCAGUGAGUGUCAGCAUAAUGGUAGUGGCAUCAGUAGUGAAUUUGGUGGUUUAGAUAGUGUAAGUGGAAGAGGCGGAAGCAGCAUGGGUGCUGGUGGUGGUGGUCAGGGGAUCAAAUCCUGCCUGAGACGAACGAGUUCUUGUGUGCCAGGGGAUAGUGGUGGGAAUGAUGUGGGGGCGAGUCUGGGGAGAGGUGUGGGAGGGAGGGGAGGAGAGGGUGGCUUGCAGCGGAUGGGCUCUUUGACACAGGCGAAGAAGACAGUGGCGUUUGGCGCAAAUUGA